UGCCGGCUUGGGAUGGCAUUGCCAUUGCCCGCGCAGAGCUAAUGGUCGGUUGUUUUUGGCAUUGGCCGCAUUUUAAAAGUAAGCAGAAAGCGAUAAGCAUUAUUGGAAAUUUCGUGAUCAAAAUAAACAAACGACAACAACAACAGUCUUGUCGAGUACAAUAAAAGAAUUGUUUAAAUAUGCUUCGCGCAAAAGUUGCAAAAAAAAAAACAUCGUCGGAAUUGGCUGUAACAAAUGGCAAUGAUGCUUCAUCCUCGACUGUAACAGAAGAGGGGGCUACUAAUGUCGCAGAUGAUACUAAACCGGCUGCCAAAAGCAAAGCGCGCGGAAAGAAAAUGACAGCUGCUACGGCUGCUGCAGAAGUAAAUGAUGAUGCACAGAAAGUUGAAGUUGUUGCAAAAAAGUCGGCGGGGCGGGCCAGAAGAAAGCCCGCCGAAAAGGUAGAUGUCAUUGUGGAAGACACAGAGGCGCCUAAGCCUAGAGGUCGCGCCAAGAAAUUGGCUACAGAAGUCAGUGACGAGCCCAAAACUAAAGCAACAAAGCCACGCUCCAAGAAAGAGAAACUCUCAGCACCGGAAGAGCCUGAAGUAACUAAAGGACGCGCCAAGAAAGAAAAAACAUCCCUAAACGAGGAGGCCGCUGUCGCUGUCGCACCGACCAAGGAGGCAGACUCAAUCGCGCGCGGACGCAAAAAGGAGCCAGAGAAAAAAACUGUUACCGAGUCAGUCGAACAAGCCGAGCCAGUAAAGGGACGCGCUAAAAAGAAAUUGACUGCGCCUGGGACCAAGGGCAGGGCUAAAAAGGCCGAUACGGUCGCAGCUGAAGAAUCAACAAUAAAAACAGCAACAACAAAACGUGCACGCGGUACGAAGCGUUUGGCAGACACAGAAAUCGCCGAGGUGCUAGAGGCAGAGGAGGAUCCAGAGCCAGAACCAGAACCGGAAACGGAAACACAGCUAGCAAACAAGAAGCGCACCAAGCAAGCAAAUGUUGAGGCUCCGGCCAAAAAGCGCGGCAGGAAAGCUGCCACUAAUGAGCCACAGCAGGAUCUGCCAAGUGUGGAUGUGCCAGCCCCCAGCAAAAAGCGCACGCAAAAGAAAGUCAACGAUGAUAUAGAACUGGAGGAACUUAAAGUGCCAGAGAGCAAACCAGCACGCGGCCGAAAACGACCAGCUGCAGGCGCCGAAGAGAAUGCGAAUGCCAUUUCAGUCGACGCAGCUGACGGCUCAAGAACGUCCAAGGCCAAAAAGCAAGCAACACAAAAGGUGGAGACAGCGGCUGCUGGAAUCUAUGAAAAAAGUCUAUUCACGUCGCCAACGGACAAGCCAUUCAACUUGAAAAUCUCUAGCUGGAAUGUGGCUGGUUUGCGCGCCUGGUUGAAGAAAGAUGGUCUAAAGUUUGUGGACUUUGAAGAGCCUGAUAUAUUUUGCUUACAGGAAACGAAAUGCGUCAACGAUCAGCUGCCCGACGAGAUGACUCGUCUGCCCGGAUACCAUCCAUACUGGCUGUGCAAGCCCGGCGGUUAUGCGGGCGUGGCCAUCUACAGUAAGAUAAUGCCAAUAAAUGUUGAAUAUGGCAUUGGCAAUCAGGAGUUUGAUGAUGUAGGACGGAUGAUCACCGCCGAGUAUGAGAAAUUUUAUUUGAUCAAUGUGUAUGUACCGAAUUCGGGUCGCAAGCUGGUUAACUUGGAGAUGCGCAUGCGCUGGGAGCAACUCUUCCAGGCGUAUGUACAAAAAUUGGAUGCACUGAAGCCCGUUGUCAUUUGUGGCGACAUGAAUGUUUCGCAUGCAGAGAUUGAUUUGGCCAAUCCCAAAAAUAACACACGUAACGCUGGAUUCACCAAGGAGGAGCGUGAAAAGAUGACUGAUUUGCUGGCCCUUGGCUAUGUGGAUACCUACAGGCAUUUGUACCCGGAUCGCACCGGUGCGUACACCUUCUGGACCUACAUGUCCAAUGCGCGUGCCCGAAACGUUGGCUGGCGUUUGGAUUACUGCAUUGUAUCGGAGCGUUUCGUAUCGCGCAUCGUGGACAAUGUGAUGCGCAGCCAUUGCUUGGGCAGCGAUCAUUGUCCCAUAACUGUCUUUUUAAAUGUUUAAGCAUCAAUACAUGCAUAAUUACAUGCAUAUAUACAUAUUGUUUUAUUCAAUUGAAUUUAUUUUUUUCUAUUCCCAUCGUUUCAAAAUUAUGCCCCAUUGUCAUUGUUUGUAAUAGUUAUUUAUGAUCAAUAUUACGUGUGUCCUUGCUGGCGUUAAUCACGCACGUAUUGCGUAUUCAUUUUUCUGUUACAAUUGAAUAUUCAUUAUUAAUAUUCCAUUUAUACCUAAAUGCCAAAACAUUCGAUUACAUUUUGUAUUUCAAUAAAGUAUAAUACAACUAAGUACUAGAAAA